AUGCCGAAUCGCAAUGAGAUAAGUUCAAUCGCCGAUUCUUCUCGAGGAAGUCAAGAGAAGGAGCUAGAAACCAAAAUGUCUCAGCUCGGACUGUACGGACGCCAGAAGGAGACGAAGGCGAUUCGAAAAUGCCUCGAUGAUCUUGUAAACACCGGAAAUAACAAGCUCGUCUAUAUUUCAGGAAUAUCAGGAACUGGUAAGACAGCUCUCGCUGCGACUGUUGCCGACCCUAUUGUCAAGAACAACGGAAUCUUUGAUAUGGGCAAGUUCGAUCAAAAGCUGCGCGAUGAGCCAUAUGCUGGUAUUGCAGCAGCUGGACGUCACAUCUGUGGCGAAAUACUGCAUCGCAAGAACUCUUCCGAGGACAUGGACGUUGAAGAUAUUCGCAAGAUGAUCAUAAAUAAUGUUGGACCAGAGUUGCCCACACUCGCUAUGAUCCUUCCUGAGAUUGAAGACAUUGUUGGUUCAUCUGAUCUCCUCUUGGCACAGGAAGAUAUCGCCGGUGGAGACUACGGAGCCAACAAGGAACGUCUCAACCAUGCGAUUCGCACCUUCUUCCGCAGCGUGGCAACAUUCUUCAAGCCUCUUGCGAUGGUCUUGGAUGACAUUCAGUGGGCCGACUUGACAUCCAUCAACCUCAUUCAGGUAUUGAUGACCGAUGAAUCCAUCUCCAACUUUAUGCUCAUUGCCCUGUAUCGAUCAAACGAAGUGGAUCAGACACACGUAGUCACCAAGAUGAUCGAGACUCUUGACGAAAAGCAAAAGGACUAUAAUUUCGAUACUACAAAGAUCGAAAUUGGUAAUCUCAAAAUGAAACAAGUUGAUGAAAUCUUGGUUGAGCUUCUGCAGCUGCCAAGCUAUCGAACCCUCCGACUUGUCAGAGAUUAUCCACCGCAGGACUGGGGGCAAUGCCUUCUUUGUGUUAAAUUUUAUCGACAUGCUCAAGAAUCAACACCAUAUUGUGUACUCGAAGGUGGAAAAGUGUUGGGUAUGGGACGAAAGCGACAUUGA